CGUUCCGUGCCUCCUGUAAUUCACCUCUACCAUGCGGUUGCACAUAACGUGACAACUGUUGUGCGUGCGUCAGCGAAGUCCCGCGCGCUCUCAUCACGCACGGCUCCGGUGUGCGGCAGGUGGAGUCCUGGACCCACCCACAGUGCAAACUGCUGUCAGCUGGAAACAGACGUCUGACAGACGAAAGCAGAGCGUCGCAGAGGGAACGUCAACAGUUUCCAGAAUUCCAGAAAAUCAAAGAGGACUUCCCUACCUCUGUGAACAAACUACGGCAACUGUUAGAAGAUAAAGUUCACAUCCUAAAGUCUUUCAUCACUGAGGACGAGCAGGGUUUGUUGCGUGAGGAGAAGACUGUACCAGAAGGACCGUGGAGGUUUGCUGUCCUGAGUGAGAAGCUGACCUUUCACCUCCAGCAACUACAGAGACAGACCGAGCAGGAGCUCAGCAACCUACACACGCAUCUCUUUCAGAAUAAAGGCUGUAGGCAGCUGCUGUCCACUGAGCAGUUUGAUCUUCAGGAGAAGAAGAAAAAGAACAGGAAAAAGAGCUGAAGAGAAGCUCCAGUCUUCAGAUAGCCACUGAGCUUCAGGCCUCUGUCACUGAGUGUUUGGUCCAAUCAGAGAGAUUAGUGUUCCAGGAGGAGGCACUGAGCGCACUUCGUAACCUCCUGACCCAAGACGUGCAGAGGUACCAGGAAGAGGCCCAGAGACUGACCCGUUUCACACACGGUACCUGGACAAUCCCACAGGCCAGACAGAGGGGGUAUCCUUAACCAACAGACAGUGUGACCGCAGCAUGCAGGAAAACACCGAGACUGAACAAGACAACAGCAUGCACAAGCACAAAUCCUCCUCUUCCCAGUCACCAAUUAAUCCGCACCAGACCACCAAUGAAGAAGAGGCCUGGAGAGCCAGACAUAAAAAAAUGUGUCCAGUCCUGUCUCACAGUACAAACCUGCACCAAGCCAGCGGCAUCAAAGGCCUUAUCAAUAAAUUCUCUGGUCCAGAUCGAGUCCUUCCUUACGGUUCUGCUCAAAGUCCUUAUUUUGGAGCAGGACGAAUCCUGAAGUUUGCUUCUGCUGGGACUCUUGAGUCUCCAGAGUCCAAGUCCAGUCUGUCCAUGCCAAGCAGCGUUGGGCCAAAGCAGAUGUCAGUUCCCAUCAUCACUGUGACUCCUCCGUUCAAGGAAACCAGUCACAACGGGGCUGAAUCAGCUCUAAGAGGCACCAAAACUAGUCAGAUCACUGCCAGAAUUGAUUGUCCAGUAGGAGGGAGUGCGGAGAAGACUGAUUCAAAACACUCUGGUAGAGACUCAGUGGCUGACUCUGGCAUGGGAUCGGAGUCAGAGUUUGAUUCAAACAAGCAGGUGGACAGUCCAUCAGAGGAGCCCACCACACCCAAAGUUAUAUCGGCCAGCGAGAACCCCAAAUAUCAGCUGUUCCUCAACAAUGAGGUGAGGACCAACGGGGUAAGCAGCAAGGAUACAAAUGGUCCAGGAAGCAUUGGAUUGGGCACGGAGAAUGGCCCCAGGCUGUCCCGAUGGGAGUCCACCCGGCCAGGGCUGAACCACUAUCUAGGGUCCCUGGAGUCCCUGGCCUCACGGGACUGGGACAAUAUGUCUGACAGGAUUGGUGUUGACAGCCCCAGAGUGUUUAACAGUCCGUACACCACAGCUGCCUCCAUGGAAUACAACCCCAUGUACCGAAUGUCAGAGUACAAGGUUCCGGGCAGAAUGUCUCCUUCCGCCUCAGAGAUGAACUUGUACGGUUUCACCAAUCGCAGCAUCAGUCCCGUGGGCUUAACUACACCUGCCGUCACCUCCCGCCCUCGAUUCUAUGACUCGCUGAGGAGGAAGAACGAGGUCACCAACACUGUGGUGCCCACCCACUACUCCAUGCGCUCUGCCAGUCUGGGGGCAGCCAAUAAAAAAGACUACAUAGAGGAACUGACCAGACAGCUGGAUGACCUCCGGAAGCGUAACCAGUUUUUGGAGGCAGAGAGUGUGGAGAUGGAGAAGGAGAGGAACCAGAUCAGGUUCGAGAUGCGCAGCCUGCUGGUGAACAACGAGGACCUGCUGAGGACCAAUACUCAGCUGAAUAACGAGCUGAAGAAGAUGAGAGAGCAGAUGAUAGAAAUGGACAAAGAGCACCAGUCUUUGGGAGAGAGCUACAGAACAAUGGAGAUUGAAGUGAAGCGGGCCAGGGACAUGAUGGUGGAGGCCAACACUCAGGAGUACGCCUUCAGCUUCCUUGAGCAGACCCUCAGAAACAAGAUCCAGGACGCUGAGGAGAACCUGGAGAAGCAGACGCUGCACACUCAGACUCUGACUGAGAAGUUGUGGCUGACAGAGAGACAGCUUGAGGAGCUGGAGGUCGACAAAGACACCAAAGUCAAGAGGACGUCCGAACUCAACGAAACCAUUGCCAGACUGGAAGAAGAGCUGGCCGAGGCCCUUCAAGCAUCCACACAAGCUGUAGCAGAACUGAACCUGCAUCAAAAGCUGCGUGAUGAUGACAAGAUGAGGGUGGAAGAGCUGGAGGACACUUUGCUGGAGAAGGAACAGGAGGUGCAGAGACUGCAGGCCCUUGUCAGCAGACUGCAGGGGGAGGUCUCUGGUAAGCUGUUUGAUAAGGAGCGGACGCUGGAGGAGGAGAUCCAGCUGAGAGAGAGGCUACAGCUGCAGUGCAAGCAGGCGGAGAGGACAGUGGACGACCUCCAGAUGGAGCUGCAGACCACAAUCCAGGCCAGGGAUGACCUGGCCAAACAACUCAAACAGGCUCAGGAGAAAAUGAUCGAUCUGGAGACUGAUCUGGAGGAGCUACACGAAAGCGAACAGAGAUGGGCCGCCAAACACAAGAGAGCUAUCGAACAGAAUGAGCAGCUGCAGAUGAAGGUGAUUCAGGAGAAAGAUCUGAAUGAGCAGCUGGAAACUGAGAAGGCUUCCAUGGACAGACAGUUGCGUGAGCUGCGUCUGCAGGUGGAUGAGCUUCAGAGCUCCAGAGUUCCGGAUGACGUCAUCUCCAGGGUAGAGAGCAGAGCCAAAGAGCUGGAGAAUGCUCUGAGGACUGAGGAGAGGAACAAAGUUGUUCUGACAAACACCAUCAGUAAACUGGAGAGGAGGAUCAACGAGCUGAGUGAUCAGAUGGACGAGGAGCACAGGAUAGCUACUGAACAGAAAGACCUGAUGAACCAGAGGAUCCGUACUCUGAAGCGUCAGCUGAAUGAGGCAGAGGAGGAGGCAAGCAGGAAGGAGACACAGUACCGCCACACCCAGAGGGAGCUGGCUGAGGAGAGGGAGACCACCGGCCGGCUGCAGAGGCAGCUGCUCGACCAGCAUCUGCAGUCAAAGCGUAAAGACACACUGACGAUUCGUCAGACUCUCGAUAACCUGAAGUUAGACCUGAACACUGAUGACGAAGAUGAGGAUCAGCAAGCAAAUGUCUCCAAAGUCUAAACAAUCACAUUCCACAUUCUUAGUCUUCUUUACACUGAUAGUGCAGUUAGCGUGUGCUGACAUCAAACAUUUUUCAAACCUUCCACCACUACAGUUCUUUAAUAAAGAGACUCCAGUCAGUGUUGUCUUUUGUGAUCUCAAAAUUUAAGAAAGGUUAAUUCCCUCAUUCUCUCAUGCAUUUUUUAAACUGAUUUCCCUGUUCAGCACAUACUGUACAAAUGAAUUGUUUACUUCCCUGUAAACAAAUUUAUCUAACAUACCUACUAUGCACUGACUAAAAACUCGCCGCUUAUAAUCCAUAACAAAUUACAUAGAUCUUUCCUGGGAAGUUUCUAAGAAAUGUUUUUACAUACUUACCACCCUCUCCUGGUGACCAGAAGAAAUUACAACACUAGGAGGCGCACUGUAAGGUGAAUAUAUACUUUUUAUUUUUAUGUUGAACAUAAAACUAUAAAGGAUAAGGCCGGUCAUUUCCUAUAUUAACAGUAUUUU